AUGGUGGCAAGCAUAAUUGUGGGUAGUGACAAUCAGAAUUCACAGGAGUAUCCGAGUGUUGAUGGGUACAGAGGUCACAGUUACAAGUAUUCCAUUGCUUGGAAAGCGGAUGGCUGGGUACGGUGGCUGGAGGGUUUGCGGGUGGGCUACGAGAAGCGCAUGCAGAAUAUGUGUAUGAUUUUGGAAGAGUGGAGGUUUAUUAUCGGACACUCCUCACCCUCCUCAUUCGACACUGACGACUAUGGAAAUCGUAACGACGAUUUUGACGAUGAUGUGGUUGGCGAUGACGGUUGGCAAUUCCUAUUAAAAACCCCAAUGUACACGUUCCAAUUUCCGCGCGACGGCAUGUUCGUCUGGGUACGUGUGUGCUUCGAAACACAUCACUAUGGUCCCAGGAAACUGCCAAAGAGCUCUCAGAAGCCAUAUCUGUGUCUGGUGGCGCCAGGGGUGAUGUUUGAUCACGCUGGAGGUAGUUGGGCUGAUGGGAAGGGGAAUGGUGACGCAUACAGGUGUUUUAGAUUGUGUUUUGCGCCUAUCCCGCAAGGGGAGAUGGGUGAGGCAUCCAGGGUGUGUGUGGAAAGGUGUAGGGAUUCUUGGAUCAGGGAGUGUUUGGGGGAGGGUGAUGGUGGAGAUGAAUGGGAGGAGGGAUUAUGUGGAAAAAUUUUGAGAUAUGACCAACUUCGAUCUUUGCGCUCUUGGUAA